AUGACGGCCGCAACGACUACAAUGCUUUUCAUGGAGCCCUGGCCACCAGAACCCAGUCCAAACAAUGACAGUAUCAUUCCGUCCUCCUCUAAUUCAGCAUCGGACAAGACCAACGCAAGUUCACAGAAGGCGUAUGAGCGUCCUUACUUACGCGGCCAACCUACCCCAGCAUUCCCUGAAACCACAAACUUCACCAACACUGCCCACACCGUGACCGUCCACCCAGCACGCGCCCAAAGGGACACUUUCACUCUUGACAAACAUGGAUUUGCAUUUCCCUCGUUCCCUUCGGACUCACUUUCCCAAGAUGUUCUUGCCUCAAUUCGUAAUGGAGAGAAAGAGGUAGUCGAGGAACGAUAUUAUCCUAUCGUAGAAGCCUUUGUUAAGAAGGAGACGGGAGCAACAAGGGUAGUCAUAUUCGAUCAUACUUACCGGAAGAGGGACCCAGAAGUGGAUAUGGAGAAAAAGGAGAAUGCGUAUAAGAGGGGCCAGCCUGCUACUGUUGUGCACUGUGACCAAUCCCCUUGGGGUGCCGAACGCCGCGUCCACCGCCAUCUAGGCACUGAGGCAGAACGGUUAUUGAAGGGACGCUGCCAGAUUGUGAAUGUAUGGCGUCCCCUAAAUGGUCCAAUCUACGACUGGCCGCUGGCCGUCAUGGAUUACCAAACCCUUUCGCCUUCUCACAUUCACCCAACAAAUCUCUAUAGCAAGGACGAAGAGCUCAUGGGCCAAACCGUGGGCAUCAAUCACAGUCCCGAGCAGCGAUGGUACUAUCUUGAGGAGCAAACUCCCGAUGAAGCGAUCUUGGUGAAGAUAUGGGAUAACAAGCAGGACGUGGCGAAGUUAUGCGCGCAUUGCUCGUUCCAGCAUCCUGACUUCCGCAAAGCCGAGGCGCCAAGGGAGAGCAUCGAAGUACGGUGCUUGGUGUUUUACGAGGGUGACGUUGAAGACUGA